CGCGAGAGCCCCUCCAUCGAGGAGCCCCUCCAAGCCCAGGCGCUGGAAUGUGUCGCAUAACUGAUGAGGCGCCGUGAUUGCGUGGUUAAUAUGCAGCACUGACUGCCAGCAUACAGAUAAAGAGCUGUGACAGCCGCUGUUUAAUUGAGCGCACCACCAACAGACAGAAUGGCAUCAUCCACCACUCCCACCACCGACACGCCGGCGGGCGGCUCCAAGAAAGUGUGGACGACUCUGAUCACGAACACGGCGUACCUCAGCGGCCUUCUCGCGCUUGACUACAGCUUGAAGAAGCACGGCACCAAGUACCCCCUCGUCGCGCUCUACACGGACACAUUUCCACAGGAGGGCCACGAGGCGCUCGACAGGCGCGGCAUACCUAAAAAGUAUGUGCCCUACCUGCUGCCAAAGAUGGGCAAGGACUACACAAAUGAUCCACGCUUCUACGACUGCUGGAGCAAGCUCACGCCCUUCUCAUUGACCGAAUACGACCGAGUGGUGCAGCUGGACUCGGAUAUGCUGGCGCUCAAGAACAUGGAUGAGCUCAUGGAGAUGGAGUUGGAUCCCCCGAGCGCAGCGGGAAAGGGACAAAAGGUGUUUGCGGCGAGCCACGCAUGCGUGUGCAACCCCCUCAAGAAGCCGCACUACCCUAAGAACUGGAUACCCGAGAAUUGCGCAUUUACCUCGCAGCACGCCAAACCCGACGAAGCGCAAAAGCAAGGCGCGGCGCCCGACUUUGGUCUCGGCAUGCCCAACGGCGGGCUCCAAGUUGUGAACCCUUCCGACGACGUCUACCAGCUCAUCGUCGAUCAGCUCUCCAAAGAAACAACCAUGGACUAUGACUUUGCGGACCAGUCGCUGCUCGGCGAUGUCUUUCACGGUCGCUGGGUCGCGCUGCCCUAUAUCUACAACGCGCUGAAGACGCUAAGACAUAAGGGUGUGCACGACAAAAUCUGGCGGGACGAGGAGGUGAAGAACAUCCACUACAUCCUCAGUCCCAAGCCGUGGGACGAGAAGCCUGGGGAGGAGAAAGAGGAGAGUCACAAGUGGUGGCACGCGGUGAACCAGGAGAGGCUGGCCGAGGAGAAAAAGAGGAACAUCGAUGAUGGUUUCUGAUUCCAAGUACAGCACCCGGGAGUUCGGCAUGUGCAGUCGUAAUGAUGUGUUGUAGUAGGCUUUCGGCACACGAUCCGGGCCAUAUGUAGAGUAGAAUAAGGACAGAAUGGCACGUCCGCCAAUUGACGACUGGUCGACGAGUUCGCGUUUCGAGGCAU